GGUAGUCGAUCGGGAACCAGUGGGUUAUAAUGGAACGGGCAGUGUCUUAUCCAAAGUGGUCGCUGCGAAGAUCUGCACCGUUGUUCGGGCGACAGGAUUCCUCACAUCAUCAUCCUCUCGGAGCUCGGGGGCUAUUCGGGCCAUGUCCACAGUCUCGGCGCCUUCUCUCUUGCGCUUGCACUUGCACCAGCUCGAGCUGCAGGCUGGCUCGUUCCUGCUGCACGAGAAUUCGGCCACGCCCGGAAGAAUCUUCGAAUUCUGUGUAGGAGGAGGUUUUGGGAGGCAGGGGCGAGAGAUUCGUUGUCUUUCUCUUCUCAGCUGACGGAAUGGCAGCAGCGAUGGCAAUCGCCACGCCACACCAGCUGCAGUUCGGCUCGCACGCCGGUAUGGCUUCCGUCGUCGGUCUCCGCGUCACUCCCUGCCGAGUGCAGGUUCCAAUGAGAGGGUUUGUCAUGCCCCAGCAGCGCUCAUUGCGUAUGGUGUGUGUGAGGGCUUCAGCCGUCGUUUCUCAGGAAAUUGACGCUGAACAGGCUGCGGAGGGACCUGUCGUCAUUGAAUCCCCCAAGAAGAAGGAGAAGGCUUUCUACAAAGAGAAGGGUCGCUCGAAAAGAUUUAUGGAGGUCCAGAAACUGCGUGUGAAGAAACAGGAGUAUGAUCCCGCUACUGCCAUCCGCCUGAUGAAAGAUACAUCUAGCGUCAAAUUUGUUGAAACUGCUGAGGCUCACAUUCGCUUGAACAUCGACCCCAAGUACACCGAUCAACAACUUAGAGCCACAGUUUCUUUACCGAAAGGAACAGGACAAGUGAUCAGAGUCGCCGUCCUUGCUCAAGGAGAAAAGCAACAAGAGGCGAAAACUGCCGGUGCAGAUCUUGUAGGAGCAGAAGAUUUGAUCGAGCAAAUUGCUGGCGGAUUCUUAGAAUUCGACAAGCUAAUUGCUACUCCGGACAUGAUGCCGAAGGUUGCCAAGUUGGGUAGACUGCUGGGACCUCGUGGGCUGAUGCCUAACCCCAAAGCCGGAACAGUUACCGUAGACAUCAUCAAGGCCAUUGGAGAGUUUAAGGCUGGAAAGGUUGAAUACCGAGCAGAUAAGACUGGAAUUGUCCAUGUUCUUUUUGGAAAGUCGAACUUUACCGCCGAAGAUCUUCUUGCGAACUUGGUGGCUGUCGCGAACUCUGUAGAUGCCAACAAGCCAUCUGGAGCCAAGGGAGUAUACUGGAAGACAUGUUACUUGUGUACUACAAUGGGACCUUCAGUCAGGGUAAACGUAACUCAACUCCGAGAGUUCAAGCUAUCCGGAUCAUAGAAUGUACAAAAUUCAGAGUAGGAUUCACCUCCAUGCUUCUUAUGUACGUUUAGAUUGGUCUCAUGCUUGUUUUGGAUGCCACAUGUAGCCAUUUAUUAUUGUUGAAACGUUAGACAGGAAAGAGCAAUUGCCGUAUAAUAGAAUUAGCCACGACGGCUUUCAACCACUUGAAACAAGCAACUGUGAUCAUUUGGUUCAAUUUUCCUUGAGAUAUUGGGAAUAUUCCUUUUGAAAUGUCAUAACCUCUGUGUAGGAGCUCAUUUGUCAGGGUUCACAGUAAAGAAAGUGUACACUUCAGCUCAAGGCCUCUUUCUUAUUUUCUGGGCUUAUGGCGUUUUGAACGUCCGUUAUGAAAUCAUAGACGAGGAGUUCCUCUCAAAGUCG